ACUUUAAUGAUAACGGUUACCAUUGAAAUUAUCCAUACCACACGCGGGAAGAAAGUGAAAGACAUCAACGAACGUAAUGCUUGGCUUUUAUUGAAUUUCACCGUUGACACUAAAAAUGAGUGAUCUUGAUUCUAAGAAUAUUUUUACAUUAUCUUGCGUAUGUCUUACCUUUUAUGCUUAGUCAACUUUAAUAGUUUCUGAAACUUGUGUAUAUAUAAGUUAUCGCCUACGUUGUAAAAUUUCUCAAGUUAAUUUUAAGAGUGUUUCUGACCUUAUGUAAUCUCAAUCUCUUGAGAAUCAUCUCAAAGAGGCAUGGGCGAUUGGACAGAACUGCUGAGCUUGAAAGCCUGGCCGGAAAAGGGUGUAACAAAAGAAAUGAUGAACGUUCUUCCUAAAUUGCCGGCCCGGAAGGAGGAUAUCUUUAUUGCAUCAUAUCCAAGAUCAGGUUCCACUUGGACCCAGGAAAUUGUAUGGCAGAUUCUUCGAGAUGGUAAAAUCGACCGGCGUCGAUUGGAUGAACGAGUGCCUUUUGUAGAAGAGAUUAUUCUGGACGUCAAAUCAUAUCACUCCUCUGUGAUGGAUGCCAAGUCCGCCGAGAAAGUGUUUACCAGCUUCUCUGAGCCUCGUGUAUUCAAAACUCAUAUUCCUUAUUGCUUGGUCCCUAAGGGCUCUGAUGAAGCUAACAAGCCUCGAUACAUAUAUGUAAUGCGGAAUCCCAAAGAUGUGUUUGUGUCCCUGUAUCAUCACAGCUGCAACAUGCCGUAUGUAGCAGAAAUUCCCACCUGGGAUGAGGCCUUCCAAAGUUUUCUACAAGGAGAUCAUGCAUAUGGCUCGCUAUUUGAUCACGUGUUAAGCUGGUGGAAGCAAAGGGGCGAUCCCAACAUUUUUUUCCUUACAUACGAGGACAUAAAAAAGAAUCCAGCAGCUGCUGUUGACAAGAUAGUAAAGUUCAUUGGCAAAAAGAUCUCUCUUGAAACACGUGACCUCAUCGUCCGACAAACGUCCUUUGACGCCAUGAAGAGCUCCAGUCACACCAACUUUACUUGGUUUGAAGGAAUCAAGGGGGAUGGCUUUAUUAGAAAGGGUCAAGUAGGAGGAUGGAAAGAUUACUUCACUGAAGAACAAAAUGAGUUGUUUGAUAAGGUUUUCAGUGAAAAAGUUGGAGAUGGUGAGACUGCAGCUAAAUUAAGGGAACUUCUGUCACUGUAGUAGCCCGGUAAUGAAACAGAAAGCAUUUCGUAAUAACAAACGCGAAGAACAAGACUUAAUCUUAACUUGAAGAAUAACUUAAGCUAGCAAUUUGAUUGUAAGUUUAAGGAUGAAGUUUACGACAAAGUAAACGGCUUAACUGAACUUACAUGUCACUGAGUUAUCUUAAUUAAUCCUAAAUCAGCACUAUCAUAAUAAAAAGAGACACUUGAAGUUCAUACCUAGACUGGUGUGAAAGGAAUGCGAA